AUGUCGGCAAGAAACGAGGGUGGUUCGCAGAGAACUUCUGCCAAUCACACACCAAUAGAUGAAAAACCCCUUCCUCCUCCGCCUUUGAUGGCACCAUGGGCAGGCAAAGCUCUACCUAAUCCUACACCAUCUCCAACUACCCCGCUCCAUCCGCGAUUAAAGAAGAAAGUCCCAUGGAAGGGAAAGAAUAUAUUGGUAUUACUUCCUUGGGAUGAAGAUCGUGGGAAGAGAGGAGGAGCACCGAAACCUAUGACACCGAAAGAUGUAGCUGGCAUGCUAAAAGAUUGGGAGGAAUUGGGCUAUGACACCAGUGGAUUUAACCUUGGCUCUGAUGAUGGAGGUGAAGGCGGUCCUGGUCAGAGUCGAAAUGGUUGGCCGCUUAUAACUGAUGUGGAAGCGGAGAGAAACCAGAAAAAUUUCAAAGUCAGUAUUCCUGACAAGAGAGAAUGGGAUGCUUAUGUCGAAGAAUUGAAAGAAGCCAAAUUACGAGCAUUAGGUGUUUCCCUGGGGAACGAUGACCCCAUUCCCAUAAUUUCACCGGCGAUAUCGAAUUUAAGUCGUCGUACUUCAAUGCAAUAUCCACCAUUACCAUUUUCACCACCAAUACCAACUUCAUCGGCAGCGAGUAGUCAUAUGGCCCACAAUUCGAAUCUUCCUUUUUCUCCUGCUUUGAUGCCUGGAAAUGGGUUAUCAACAAGUCAAAGCUCCAACCAAGGUUCAAUUGCUUCUCCCGUCUCAAUGCAUGCGCACUUGCAUGGAAAAUUUGGAGGCAUGAGACACAGUUCGGUGUCGUUUGGACAUGGGGAUCAUCCUUUCGGAUCACCUUUCCAAUAUCCACAACCAACCUCAUCACCAGGUGUUUGGUCUCCACAACAAAUGCUUUACCAGCAUGGACAUAGGAGUGGGUCUCCUUCGAUGCAUAAUUUGGGAUCGAUCAGAUCUCCCACUUCACCUCUUUCUCAGGAUGGCUACUUUCCACCAGGUCCAGGUGAUGCCAUGUCACGACAAAUUCUGAUGCAGAAUCAGUUAUUGGCUGCAAGUGCCCGUGCUCGUGCAUCUCCAAGUCUUCAAGAGGUUCGUGAAAGUGAAGAUGAACAGAUGGCGGAGAUGCCCGUUCCUAACAAGAGUCCUUCAAAAACACCAACAUUACAAGAUGAAUCAACCAUCAAGCAUAAUGCAAGCGCAAGCUUGCAGCGAGAAAUUGAUGAUGCUGAAUAUCAUCUCGAGGAACAAUUCCAACGUCAACUUGAUGGUGAUGACUAUAGUCCUCAUUCUGAUCAAGUGGAGGCGGACAAACAAUUUGAUAAUAAACCUGUACCUCACCUUAGGAAUUCCUCGAUCGUUGGCGGUGGGCUCGGAUCUUCAAGGUUUGUGGUGGGGACCUCUAAUGAGGGACCUGUUCUUCAUCACCCGCAACCCCACAGUCGCGGACAUUCCCUAUCUCAGCGGCCAUUCCAGGAUUCUGAGCAGGAUACGUCUAGUGGUGAGUCGAAGAAUGGAUUACGUGGUGUAAAAGAUAAUGCGAAAUACGACCUAUCUGAUAUUGAAACCAACCCUAGCAAUAUGGGGACACCGACUUUGCAAAAAGGCGUACCAGCAUUUGGCCACGAUAGGGACAUGUCCAUAUCAAGCAAUCCAUGGCUCGACUCUGCGUCUAUUCAAUCAAAGAUGACACAACCUAGUCAUCGAUUCAAUAAGCAAUCUAUGUCAACAUUAAACGUUGCAGCGAGACCUUUCAAUUUUAACCCAACAAGUUCCUUCCAACCAAAUCAAUUCUCCUUCACUGAUGGCAACUUUCAAUCAGCACAUACAGCUGCCAACUACGUGCCAUUUGCUCAUCAAGGACCUUUACCUGGUGUAACUGGACAUCAUACCAAUCACUCUGUGAAGAAUUCAUCCAGUCAAGUCAAUGCUCCCGCCCAGGUAUUCUCCCCUAAUCUGCCAGGUUUCGUACCCGGACAAAGCGAGUUCAACUUCCAAGGACCAAGCUUCAGGCCUGAUGCACCAACAUUUACUCCCAACUUUUCCACCUCUAUCACUUCUGUGAGUGAAGAACCUGGUAAUGAAGCUCCAAAAAAUCCCAUCUUUGCUGGUCUUGAUUUGAAUUCCCUCGGCACGACUAAACCUGCGAAGAAGUCAAAAGCUAUUCCCAUUGUCCGGCCUGAUAGUAAUCCAUCGAAGGAGUCUGAAGAACUAAUGGAAGGUAUAGACGGCCGCCCCAUGCAGAACCCGGGCCACAUCAAGAGAAUGCGUAGAGAAAACGAUGAUGGCGAUUCUGUACCUCUGUUUGCUGGGUCCACUGUGCCUCUUCAAGAAACCACCUCGGAAAAGUCAAGUCCAAAGGAGGCCCAGAUUGCUACUGCAGAUGAUGACAAGGAAAACUUCGCGCCUUCGAGUGAAGAUGUGGAGGAGCUGCCUAUUGUUACUGAGAACAAAAAGCUAUCCAAUGAUGCGGAUUUCUCGCCAUUCGAAUUUCAACAACAAAAGGAAGCAGAAGAUUUCAAUGCCGCAAUACCGUUCACUUCACAAAGAUUUGAAUCUAAUAAGUCAGAAGAUGACACGGAAGACGCUGAUGAGACUGCAUCCAAACGAGAUCUACGCUCACGGACAGCAUCAAAUGCAAGUGGAAGUCAGCUUGGCCACAGGAAAAUGUUAUCAUCUCUUUCUGCAGCUACAAAAACUUUCGAAUCUCAAAGAGACGGGAAGUUUGCUUUCAGUUUUGGUGGAAGCCAAGCCCCGGUACUUGCCCCAGCUUCUCCUGUUCUCCCAAAGACCAAUGGUCUUGCAGACUCCAGGUAUGCUAAUAGUCCAUCACCACCUCGAGCAUCUGCUACGGAAUCACCUACCCUGCGACCUCAUGAAGUAAACGAUUUCCAAAAUGCGUUACCAGGGCCACUGAGUCCGCCAAAAUACGACGAAGACUCUGACCUGGAGGAGGGCGAGAUUCGAGAGGAUAGGGAGCCAACAUUUGAGGAAAUUGAUGCUGUUAUGAGGCAUCUAAACUCAACGGAAAUGUCACCAGCCUCAGCCUCCGACGGAGAGGAUACUCCAAGAUGGCAUGAAGCUGGCUCACAAAGACAUAUCCGAAUUCCUUCAAUGUCAUCUCCUAUUCGCCUUCAUCCUAAUCUUUUGCGCAGUGAUGCUCCUAGUCCAAGUCCAGGACCAAAAAGAUAUGCAGAGGACAGUCAGUUUGGUGACAUGUCUCCCGACAGAGUAUAUUCAUACAUGGGAACUGAAGAUCCAUUCGCGGAUCCUCAUUCUACAGCUGCAUUUGGAUCACCUAUUCAUCGUCUCAACACUGGAAAUAGUCUACCAGUAAGUGAUUGGGAUGAUGUCCUCAGCGAAGGCGAGGAGAUCAAACUUCAUGAAAGGAUUGGGUUCUUCGAUAAUCGUGUCAAUGACAUCGUCGGUUCGUUGUUGGCCGAUAGAUUGGAUCCGAUCGAGAAGAUCCUGGAAGGAAUUACUCACACUUUACGAUCAAUGCCUUAUCCCGCAAAGCCCACACCGCAUCGUAGAGAACGGCGCAGCAUGUCCGGUGCAUUCAGUGAUGCUGAUGAUGAAGAUGACGAAGACCCUGGAAGAUCCGCAAGCCCAAGGAGAAACGCAAAAUUGGAGAAAAUUAGAACGGUCGUAUUGGAUGCUCUCAAUACUCAUUCCUCAAGACCUCAAAGUGCCAUCACUCAAACAGCUGCAUCAAUGUUACCUGUCUCGCGUAAUGUCAUUCAAGCUUUGGAUGAAAUGAAGGAGCAUCUAACCCGAUCCUCACAACCUGCUUUCAGCGUGGAAGAUCUCAAGAAUGCUGUGGAGCAAGUUGUUGAAAAGAGAAUACCUGCUCCAAUCAAUCAUGAUGAUAUUUCAGCUUCCAAAUUAGCCGAGGCUGAAGUAAAGAUAGCUGCUCUUGAACAACAAGUCCACGCUAGCCACGAUAGGUUGGCUGAGAUGGAAGAAAAUUCUCGAUUCAAGAUUUCCGAGCUCGAAGAAAAGCUCCAUCGAGCUGAUGAUUGGGUUGAGGAAGAGAUCAAGAAACGCAGAGCUGCUGAAGACUCCAAGGCUAUGACGGAAAGACUUUUAUCUAGUUCUCUGGAAGAAGAAACUCGACUAAGACAAAUUGUAGAGGAAAAGAGCUCAAAGGCGGAGAUAGAGAUCGUAACUCGACGAAAGGCCGAAGAUCGUCUAGCUGAAGCUCAACGUCUGCUUCGUAUCUCUUCCGAAGAGGAAGAUCGACUUCGCGAUGCCUUGUUGGAGAAAGAUGCCAGGAUUCGGGAGAUUGCAGAAGAUCGCGAUCAUAAGUUAAGAGGUAUUGAAGAGUUUAAAAGCAAGACUACUAUGCGUAUCGCGCAUUUGGAAUCUGCUCAGGAGAGCUUCCGCAAAACCGAAGCAGACCUUACCGCCACAAUUCACAUGGCCGAAUCUGAAUUACGGGAAUCGCGUUCUUUAGCCCAUAGAUGGCAGCUGGAGGCGGAAGGAGCCAUGGAAGCAGCCAAGAGACACAGUGAAGAUGCCGAACAAGCCAAUGAAACCAAUAGAGACCUUAGGAGGACCAUCGAGACUUUGAAGAACCAGAUGGAGGAAAGUAUCCGAGUCCGCGAAUCCAUGAGAUCGAAAUUAAUGGAUUUGCAGGAGGAUAUGGCUACAGCAGCCCAAAGCAUCUCACAAGAAAACUCCCAUCACGCCCAGAAGGAACAGGAAUUACUUGCCAGACAAGAAGUCCUCGAUGCUAAACUUCAUGCCGAGGCUAGAACGAGGGAACGACUCGAAAUGGAAAUUGAACGACUAGAGAGCGGCGAGAGACAAGGUGUGAGAGCCGUUAACGAGUGUAAGAGGUUGGAGGCUCUCGUCGUUGAACUACGAAAUGAGAAUAAUGCCGCCCACAAAGAUGUUAUGAGAUACAAGCGAGAAUUCGAGGAAGCUCGCGAAUCUGGCCUUGGCGAGGUUGCGCGCACGAGAAAAUAUAUGCAGGUUGAGGUCGACACCGCUAAUCAUGAGGUCAACGUCGUCAGAGAGGAACUUGAGAAUCAAAUCUCCAGACUUCAAGCCGAGAUAGAUCUGGUAAAAUUGGAUGCUGAAACUGCAAAGGAGCAACAUGAUAUGCUCUUAGAAGCGGCGCAAACUUCCAAGAAAGACAUGUUCGAUGAUAUUACAAGAAAGCAUCAAGAUCAGCUUGAAGAUCUACAAGAAAAACUCAAGCGACAGCUUGAAAACACCAUUGUGGAUGCCCAGAGAUCGGAACAGCAUCUCUUGGAGCGAUUAAGUUUGAGUACCGCCAAGACGGAACAUCUUCAAGAUCGUGUGAGCCAUUUGGAAGAUAAAUUGGAGGUCGCCAGGUCUGCUGCACAAGCCGCUGCUACUCAUGCUAAAGCUGCAAGAUCGGCAAGUGUAGCUGGAUCUUUGCCAUCACCGUCACUACAAAAGGCUUCUACCCGUGGAUUGGAUGUACCGGAGAAGAUCUCCCCACAAGCGCUUCGUGAAUCUAUUAUGGUUUUACAAGAGCAAUUGCAAGAUCGUGAGUUGAAGAUUGAAGAUCUAGAGCAGAGACUUGAGGAUGUGGAUCCUGAGGCUUCAACAAAGAUUAGCAAACGUGAUGAUGAGAUAACGUGGCUAAGAGAACUUCUUUCGGUGCGCAAGAGUGAUCUCCAAGAUAUUGUUCAAGCCUUAUCAACCGGCACAUAUAACCCAGGCAAUGUUCGUGAUGCGGCUAUCCGAUUGAGCGCCAAUUUGCAGAUGGAAGAGCAAGAACGUGAGAGAGCUAUGAACGGUGGCUCAUCUAUCAACCUUCCAAACAUUGCAGCUUCCAUUGCAGCUAGUCCUAGAGUUGCACAAGUUGCCAGUGCUGUAGGACCACUUGCCGCUGCCUGGGGAAAUUGGAGAAACAAGAAUCAAUCAAAAGAUGCUUUGAUGAGUGGUGGUAAUAGUUUAGCUACCGAAAGCGGUACCUCAACGCCAUCUAAAGCUGGAAGUUCAUCUGGAUUUCUAAGUGGGUUGAUGACACCGCCAGCAAGUAGCUCCAGGCAAUUUCCUAACACACCUGGAGCACCUCCGCCAGUACAGAUCAACAGAGAGCCAGCUAGCUUCGCUAGGGAUAAUACAUUGAGUGCUUUUAACGCAACCGGUCAACGAUUCGCGGCUAAACAAGGUGGUCUUAUCUCCAGAACGUCCACACCGAGACGCGCGGAUAAAGUCCCGGUCAGGAGAGAAGCAACAUCAACUCCACCAAUUCUGUUACAAAGUAGCUAUGACAAUGAUGCUGUGGUAACAAAUCAUGAUGAACUAGAUAAUAGGAACAGGCGGGGGAGUAGACGCGGGAGUGCACUUGCGCAACCAAGCUUGGGGAUGAGCUUAGGGGAGGAACUGGGAGAUUUCGGAAGUGAGGAGGGCUUUUAUGAUGAUGAUGAAAGUACAAUGGAUGAGAUGGCUGGGAUUUACAGUGGGGAAUUUGGACGUUAA